GGCUCUCAUAUUGCAUAGUCGCAGGGAUGAGCCAGAAUACCAGCGUAGGUCAUCGUCUAUCCUUUGAUGGUGCACUAUGCACUGUGCGGUACAUCGGCGAGGUCGAAGGCACCAAAGGUGACUGGCUUGGCGUGGAAUGGGAUGAUCCAUUGCGAGGCAAGCAUUCGGGCGAGCAUAAUGGGAAGAGAUAUUUCACAUGCCUCAGUAAUCAGCCCACGGCUGGUUCAUUUGUGCGGCCUACUCGGCCCAUAGACAAACCCCGAGCCUUCCUCGAGGCACUUCACGAGAAAUAUGCAUCGGAAUUCGAAGAGGAGAUUGCAAAGAGGCAAACCUCGAAUAAUAACGAGAAUUUCCAGAUGAAUGAUACUAUACAGUUCAAUGGUAAAGUCGUGGAAGAAGUUGGCUUUGAAAAGAUCAGGAAACAACUCGCCGAACUAAAGGAGCUCAAGGUUGUUCUUCUAGAUGGUCUGCGAAUUGCAGGUGUCUUGGCAUAUGGUGGCCAGAAUGAGCCCGGAUAUGACGAAGAAUUGCAGAGGACUUCCCAGACGUGUCCCAAGAUCACCGAACUGGAUCUUACUCGAAAUUUGAUUUAUCGUUGGCGGGAUGUUAAUGAUAUCUGCAGGCAGCUGAAGAAGUUGAGGAGUCUGAAAUUAAAUGCAAAUCGAUUCGAAAAAGUUCAACCUGGCCUAGUGUUCAAUGGCAUUACGGAGCUACACCUAGAUGAGACUCUCAUGCCUUGGGAUGAGAUAUCUUCGAUAGCGGCUCAAUUUCCGAACCUAGAAUCUUUAUUGGCCUCAUCCAACAGCUUGACUUCAAUAACAACAACUCUACCUGUCACUUUGAAGAGCCUGGUCCUCGAGAAUAAUGACUUAACGUCUCUUUCAUCACUCAAAGCUCUUUCUGAGCUUCCAAAUCUCUCACGAUUGAUACUUCGUGGGAAUAAUUUAGACACGGUCUUUGCUUCACAAUCAGGGAACGACAACGACAAAUCGACCUUCCAAUUUUCACGCACCCUGAAAUUCUUAGAUGUCUCUCACAACAAGAUUGAUUCAUGGCUAUUUAUAAAUGAUCUUUCUACAGCAUUUCCUGGAUUAGACUCCUUACGAAUAUCCGGAAACCCACUUCAUGACAGAUCUAUCGCCUCUACCAGCGUUACCGGAUUACCCGAGAAGCCUAUGACAGCGGACGAGGCUUUUAUGCUGACUUUGGCUCGACUUGAGAAUUUGACAUCUCUCAACUACAGCAAGAUCACGCAGCAGGACCGGACUAAUGGAGAGCUAUAUUACCUUUCUUUGAUUGGUAAGGAAUUAUCAGCCUCUUCGGUGUCGGAUGAGGCAAGGAUCCUUGCUACACAUCCAAGGUAUUCGGCGUUAUGCGAGAUAUAUGGAGAACCUGACAUUACGCGCUCGGAAGGAUUACAGGGGCCUAAUAUAAAGCCAGGAUCAGUCGCUGCCCGAUUAGUGACAUUCGAAUUCUAUCAAGUACCCUCACCAGGAACGUCAGAAUCUGCCAUCGAUACAACAGACUCAGCAAGCAAAUCAUGCCUAAUACCCAAGACAUUCGAUAUAUAUAGAAUAAAGGGCAUUGUAUCUCGUUUAUUUGCUCUCACACCUUUACGAUUUCGCUUGGUGUGGGAAACUGAGGAAUGGGACCCAGUGGAGGAGUUCAACAUACUUGGCGGAGAAGAAUGGGGUAGCGAUGAAGAAAAUGAUAACGUGGCUGAACCGCGAAAGCGAGAUAUACAAAACAGUGAUCCUACAGUCGUCAAAGUCGAUGGGAGCAAGUUUAUUCGACGUGAAGUUGAGCUUGUUGAUUCGACGAGACAAGUCGGGUUUUGGUUUGACGAUAACACCGAUCGCGUACGGGUUCGUAUAGAGCAGUUAUAAUGAAGUCAUGGAUAUGAGCACCUGGGAAUGAAUACAUUCGAGGGCGUACUGUAACGUGUAGUAGCCACAAUCGGUUGCCGCUUUUUACGUAUGUGCGCAGCUUUUCUACUGAUUUUUUAGUCACCGCAUUCUGCCAUACUAGAUCAAACGGUAUGGUGGUAUAGGUAUAGACAAAGGUGGCUAGAUGGGUACAGAGGUGUACAGUGAGACUGUGCCUCAGCGUUUACCUCCAUUACUUAGAUCUCCUAUGGAGGUGGUCAGCCGUUUUGGCCUCAUACUGUUAAGUAUAUUUAUUUCUCUACUGUCUAUUAUUCUCAAAAUAUCCUCUUGAGGACUGUGGCCUGGAAAAUCUUAGCCCGGCACCACCCGACCUUGUGCUAGAACCAUGAACGCUUGUUUCAACUGUUUUCUCUUCUUGCCAGCCCAUGAAGCUUUUUAAAAGUAUCAACUGUCUUUCUUUUUGCAACGGCAAUAGUAUCUUCAAAUUGAGGGCUUCGUGAGGUGCUGGCUGGUAGUUAAGCAUGUCAAUCCCCUUUGCUAAUGGCAUUUACCGGCGAGACUUGCCUUCUCUUUUGUCUCCAUUUCCCUU